AUGGCCCCCAAGUUACUGUGCCAGUUAGGCGUCCUAUGCUUCCUGCUCGUAUUGCUCGUCUACUCUCAAUUCUACUUCAUUGUCCCACCACCUCCGGGUAAGAACAACACUCUCGACUUGAACCCGUGGUACGACAUCGGACAAGACCUGAACAUCACAUGGAACGGCACACCCACCGACUACAUAUCCAUAGCAAUCCACCAGCGCCGUCCCGCCAGAGACGAAGCUGAAUUCAUUCUCAAAAAUGUCUCCGGUCCGUCUCACUUCCCAUGGACCAUCACGACGAAAAAGAACCUACUAAAACGGGUAUACCGACGAGACCAGAUUCCUCAGGCGUGGGAUCAGAUUCCCUUGAUACCGAGGCGAAAGUAG